AUGGGGGCAUGGGCGUUACUGGUUGCAAAGAACCAGGUCGUCAACUGCAGCAAAAAGCGGUGUCCCAGCCUCGAAGGUUGCUUCUGGCACCAGAUGACACCCGAGAACAAAUGCUGCCAGGAGUGCAAAGGCUGCGUGCACCAGGGGGUCACAUACAAACACGGCUCGCGGUGGUCCGACGGCUGUCAGCAUUACGAGUGUCAGUCAGGGGUAUUGACAACCUCCAAGAAGCACUGUCAUGUUCCCUGCUACACCCCCCUCCCCCCUCUCGGCUCCGGAUGCUGCCCGAGAUGCGAAGGCUGUUGGCUGGAAGGUCGGCGGGUUCCUGAAGGCGAAGUCAUGACGUCAAAGAUCGACCCUUGCGUGCGUUGCGUGUGUUUUGACGGCAAACUCACGUGCGAGAAAAGAUCCUGUCCCGUCCUGUCCUGCGCCGAGAUGAGGCAGGUCCCGUCUAGUUACGGCUGCUGCAAGACCUGUAGUGGGUCGCGGCCGAUGAUGACCCCGCCGGGCGGCCGCUGCUUCCUCACCGGCUACCUGUACCAGAGCGGCGCCGAGCGCUCGGUGGACCCCUGCACUACCUGCACGUGUAACGAAGGCUCCAUCACGUGCGAGCGGCGCACGUGCCCGGUGCUCAACUGCUCGCAAGAGUACCAGGUGACGCACGAGAACGAGUGCUGUCCCUCCUGCACCGCCGCCGCCCAGCUGGAGAGCGUCUGCUACGAGUUCGGGACCACCUACAAGAACGGCGACACGUGGCAGCUCGACAAGUGCACGUCGUGCUCGUGCGACGACGGCAAGGUCACGUGCCACGUACUACCCUGCAAGUUCUACAACAUUCCGUGCCCGCCGGGAUACAGGCGCGUGGAAUCGGACAGCGAGUGUUGCCCGAGGUGUGAAAAAGCUCCCGGUGUCUGCAUUGUCUACGGCGACCCCCACUACAGGACGUUCGAUGGUCUCAUCUUCAACUUCCAGGGCGCCUGCAUGUACUGGCUGGCCAAGACUUGCAAAGGAAAAGAAUUCAGCCUCAAAGUGAUUAACGACGCAAGGAGGUCGUCUCACUUUUCCUGGACCAAAAGCCUGUCCCUCAAAAUACCCGGAGCAAAGGUGACUUUGGGGCAAAACCUUCGCGUCAAGAUCAAUGGCAAGAAAGUGACGCCGCCCCACCAGAUGGAAGGCGUCCUGCAGCUCAACCUGCAAGGCAAGGCCGUGUCCAUCACCACGUCCAGAGGCAUCAGCGUGCUGUGGGACGGCGGGAGUUACGUGGAGGUGGAGGUGCCCGAGUCGAUGCAGGGCCGCACCUGCGGCCUCUGCGGGAACUUCAACGGCAACGCCACCGACGACCUCACCACCAAGGACGGACGCCCGGUGGCCACGGCGGACCUCAUGGCCUUGUCGUGGGCCACGGGCAGGGCCAGGGUCUGCUGGCGAAGGAUGAAGGCCCACCAGGACGCGCAGGCCAAGCGGAACGAGGCGCAGAGCCUGGGCACGACGCGGGCCCAGCGCCUCACGUGCCCCGUGUCGCGCUCCAAGGCCCUCCAGCGCUGCAGCAUCCUCAACUCGACGUCGUUCCAGGCCUGCCACGCCACGAACCCCGUCGACAUGUACCGCGAGUCCUGUAUUCUGGACAUGUGUGAGUGUAGGGCCUCUCGAAGGUGCGAGUGUGACACCCUGCAGGCGUACGCGAGGGUGUGCCAGCACCUAGGGACGCCCGUGCUCGACUGGAGAAACCAAAGCAAGUGUGGAGGCCUGGAGUGCCCCCGCGGAGCCGAGUACAUGGAGUGCGCGCCCCCCUGCAACGCCACCUGCAGGAACCCGACGCCGAACCCCAACUGCUACAAGCUCGAGUGUCUCGCGGGCUGCUACUGCCCGCCGCCGUCCGUGCUGCACCGGGGCGCCUGCAUCCCCGUGGAGGAUUGCCCCAAGAGAGGGAAGAAGCGUCAUAGGAACCGCUGAGGGAACGCACGGGGCCUGGCUGAGGACGGCGCCGCGGGGAUGUCGGGCCUCCCCAUCCUGGUCAGCUGCUGGGGCGCCGAGGCCUCCUCUGCCGGCGGCGCUGGCGGCGGCGAGGCCCCGUGCUCGGCGGCUCGGGAGCCAGGCCCGCCCCAGCGAGCGGUUGUGUGGGCGGUGGUCGGGUCGCAGCUGCUGGCGAUCUUGACGCAGCAUGAACUCGCAUGACAGGGGCUGCCGGCUCGGCGCGUAGUGUUUAGGAGCCCUUGAGCCAAACGCCAGUGCUGAGAAAAAAAGAGAAUGCGAAAGUGUGUGUACUGAAACUAAGCACAAGACGAAGGGUGCGAAGUAGCUGGACCGCUGCAGUUGUCGCCAGGGGGGGGGGGGGGGACAGAGGGCAGCCAGACCCAGGAAAGCGCUGGUGGUGAACGACGAUCUCAAUAAUUCUUAGUUUUGUGUUUGAUGGAUAAGUGUUCGUGAAUCUGUCUCUGUUCAUGAUAAGCGCUGGCGGCACUCUCAGUGAUCGGCCAUGAACCAUUUUGUACCAUUGUCACUGCCAGGUUUAAGCACUCUUGCACGCGUGACAUAAGUGUUGUAAAAUGCCUCUUGCAUUGCCUUUUGCUUGCAGUGCGAACCGAGGCAGCGAACUGAUGCUCUUUUAUUACGUUAUGUUCUUAGUCCUGCGCGUCUCACCGAGUCACAUUAGGCGGUUACAAUGCAAUGCAGGGAAGGGAAAUGCAGUGUAAAGCAGUCGUUGUUUUCGCCACGGUGUCGAGGAGUGUGGAUCAGAAAUGUCUUCGGUGGAUCAGCUGAUCAUCGAGACCGAGGGACCUGGAGUGCCAUUGGCUUUGCAUGUUGCGGAAGUCUCGUUGGCAAAGUGAAUGCAUGGUAUUUAUUUAUCUCGGAAGGCAAUGGUUGAUUGAAAAAGUGGUUAAGAGACAAAACAAGCAACCAGGUCUUUGAAAAAACAAACAAAAAAACACACGAAUAUUGUAAUUUAAAAAUACAGCAAUAGUUUUUUUUUUAUUUCUAACAUUAUUAGACUCAGUUGACCUACAAAAGUUAAAAAAACUUGUCUGCUGACAGUGGUUGUUCACAUUCACUGAAUUAUGUUGUUCACAGGUUGUUCAUUAAGUACCAGUGAUAGAACAAAGAAGUUGUGAUGAAAAACAAACAAUCGUGUUAGGUGUAGAAUCCUUGUAUAGUAUUUUCCUUUUUUUAUUUGUUUGUUUAUGAAGAAAGGGUAUUGUUCUUGUCACUGGAAACGGUAGAAGCAGGGAAGCAGCUACGUGAAGCGUUGGCGAAGGGGGGGAGGGGCUGUUGGAAGGUAGGAAAGUCCCCUGGAACAGUAGUUUGGAACAUUUUUUCCCCAAUUACCAAAACAUUCGUAUAGUGUCCUUGUUGUUCUUACGAAGUAGUUCCUCAUUUUUUUUCGCUAUUUGUAUUGUGGAGUAUUGCUAGUUUUUGUUUACCCGAUUCCCUCUUUUUAUAUAUAAAAAACUACAAAGCUUAAUUACAUAUAUGUUUUUUUAGAUAUUUUUUUUUCUUUUGAUUAACGAGUCAGUUGAUCUUUUAAAGAACCGUAUUAGUAUUGGUGCUUUUAGACCAACACAUUCAUAGGGUAAAAUUAUGAAUAUCAAGGCAGGUUAAAAAAAAAAUCCCACAUUUCUGUUGCUGUCUCUCCUCAAACUUUUUUUUUUUUUUAAUAUAUAUAUAACUGUUUAAUUGACAAAGUACCAAAGAUAUUCUUGUAAUUGUCGAAAUAAUACACUCUUUUACUAGAUGCAUGCGUGUAUAUGUAUAUAAAUAUAUAUAUAUAUAAUUACGUAAUAACCUUUGUUCAUUCACGAGUGUAUGUAGAUGAUUAUUGAAGAGAAAGAAGGAAUAAACAAAAGAAAAGAAGAGGAAAACAAAAGACAAUCGCUUGUUCUUGCUUAGUGGUGCUUAGGGUGAGGUUGUAGUUUAAAAUUGUUACUUUCUAUUUUUAGGAUAUUUAUUCACAACGGGAUCAGCAGCUUUGCCUGUUGAGCGAAAUUAGUUACAUAAAAAAACGUGCCAUUGUGUGUAAGAAACGAAAAAAAAAACGAACGUUUACUUGAUUAUAUAUAUAUAUAUAUAUAUAUAUAUAUAUAUAUAUAUAUAUAUAUAUAUAUAUAUAUAGACGAAUUGUGAUAAAGGAAAUAGGAGAAGAAACGAUUAAAGGAAAUAAAAGAAAAGGUAGAACUGGAGCAUCUUAGAAAAGAAAAAGGGAGAAGGAAACAUCGCAUAGGGGACGAGGAGAGAGACGAAGAGAGAAAAGAAAAAUGGAGGAGGAAUGAAAGAAUGAGAUAAAUGCGGCCACUGAUUGAAAUGUAAAGAAUUUUAAAGAGAAGGAUAAAGAGAAAGAAGCGAAGAAGAGAAAUGUAAUAAUAAGAGCGAUAAGUGAGAGGAAAGAGAGCAGAGAAGUUUAACGAUAAGGAAGAUAAACAAGGUAGAGAAAAAUAAAAAUGAAGUGAGUGAAAAAAGCGUACAGAAAACUUUUAUAAGACAGAGAAGUGAGAAAGUGAAGGGAUUAUUGUGAAGGAAAACAGAAUUUAUAAACAAAGACUGCUGAGUUUGUGCUGCCAAUGGUGAACCACGAAUAGAAAAAAAAAUAAAAACAAACAAAGAAAACUAUUAAAAAAAAAACACAUAAAUAUAAACGAACAAGCGUGAAAUGUUUGAAAAAAACAGACUUUUAGAAGGUCAUUUUAGGAAAUAAUAUCCCAAAGAAAUGUCCAGGUUUUUUUCCCAUGAAUGAUCUCUCAAAGGUGUUGCCAAUGUCUCACAGAUGGACGUCUUUCACAACAUUAAGCUCGUAAUCCAUUUUUUUAUUUUUCACGAAUCUUUGCAUAUUCUUUUUUUCUUUUUAUUUGCUGAUGAGAUUGCUCAUGAAAGUUUGAUAUAUAUACUUUGAAAGUACCUUUACUAUAUACCUUUUUUAAAAAAUAUCUCUUCUAUAAACCGAUUGUAAUGUCGAUAGUAAGGCAUCUCGAAGUCCAGAGUUAGUUGCCGCGCUGUUGAAGUCACUCGGAAGUGUCACAAAGUCACUCGGAAGUGUCACAAACAGUGCCGGAUGGGAAUACAACUUGCUGCUUAAAAGACAUUUCUGAAUAUUUAUAAGUUAACUUCCAUUAGUCGCUUCAUUUACUACGUUUUCAGUUUUCAUGUCAUGUUCCAUAAUUACGUAUGUGUUGUACAUCAUGGUACAUUUGAGAGCCAAGAGAAAGAUAUGUGCUGUUGUGUGUAAGGAAGGUUUUUAUAUUAUGUUCCGUUGCAUGUGCCUUGUGCUAAACCCGUCUCUGCAACUUUUGGAAAUGAGACUUGACCAAAUCUCUCGACUGCCUCUGAUAUUAGGUAUAUAAGAUUUUGAACUUUGGUGUUGAUCAUUAAGAUUUUUUUUUCUGGAUCUAGGAUAAAAACUAAAGCGUAUUUCAAGUCGUUGUUGUCGUUUUUUGUUGUUAUUCUUUUCUCAAGUGUGUAAUCCGCGCAGAAAAUGUGAUUGUUAGAAUCUCCAUUAGAAUAAAGUUUAGUAUUUUAUUUCACUCGGUCUUUAGUCUAAAAGCGUAGGCUGUUUUUAUAACCUCUCACUGUAAACACAGCUACAAAUUGUCGCCAGGAGUUCAAGUUGCAAAAGUCGAUCUCAGAAAACCAUAUUUAUGAAAAAAAAGAAAGCGAAUUGAAGUAUACUUAUGUGAAAAAAGACA